AUGCUAUACCAGACUGUCCUGGCUGCCAGCGACCCUUGGGAAGCUUCCCAGAAGCUGUCCGGCGCCGGCUGCGCCGUCGCUCUGGGCUCGAAGCGCGCUGGGCCUGCCGCGCUCGUGGCGGCUGCCCUGGCGGCGGCCCGCGGUGCGCUUGCCGCGCCGGGCGCCGGCGCCGCAGCCCUGACGCUGGGCACGGGUGGUCACCCAUCUGCGGGCGGCGCUUUGACACGUGGCGCGCUGCCUGGGCUGCUCAGGACAGUGCAGCAGGAGGCAGCUUCUUGGCAUGUGGCAGUGCUCAGCGACAGCACCACGCCAGCCUGCGCCUCGCCAACCCUUGCUCUGGGCGACGAUGGGCCGCAGCAGCAGCUCACAGCAGUGGGGUCUUAUGGUGGCCGUGCAGACGCGUGUGUGCUGUUUGCGCCGGUCCUGAGGCCAGCCGCUGUGGCAGCUGCCGAGCAGCUGCCGCCUCACCAGCUUGUGCCCCAGCCACGCGGCGCCUUCAGCGGCCUGGUGCCGGCGGCUGUUGAUGUGUCGUCGGCGGCGCUGGCGCACGGUCAGAUAGGGCUGAGGGUUCAGGCUGUGGGCCUCAACUUCCGGGACGUGCUUAACGUCCUGGGCAUGUACCCUGGCGACCCAGGCAACCCUGGAGGGGACUGCGCAGGCGUCGUCCUCGCCACAAACCCCACCGCCACCUCGACCCCGCACGCCGUCGGCCAGCGGGUGUUUGGCCUGGCUGUCGGCUCCCUCGGCACAGCCGUGGCGUGUGCUGCCGACACCAUGGUGGCAGCACCCGCGUGCCUGACCUUUGAGGAGGCCGCCAGCAUGCCCACCGUGUUCAUAACCGCGCGUGCGGCGCUGCGGCAGGUGGCCACUGCAAGGCGCGGUGAGCGCGUGCUGCUGCAGGCCGCAGCAGGCGGCGUGGGCCUGGCGGCGCUGCAGGUGCUGGAGGCGACAGGCGCCGUGGUGCUGGGCACAGCUGGCGGGCCGCCCAAGCGCGCGCUGCUGCGCUCCCUGGGAGUCGCACAUGCAGCGGGCAGCCGGGACACGGGCUUUGCGUGCGACCUGGCAGUGGCAGCUGGUGGCGCGGACGUGGUGCUCCACUCGCUGACGUCACCAGGCAUGGUGGGCGGCGCGCUGGCACUGCUGCGGCGUGGCGGGCGGCUGGUGGAGAUCGGCAAGCGCGAUGUGUGGAGCGGCGCCGCAGUGGCCGCUCAGCGGCCCGACGUGGCAUACCGCCUGCUGGCGGUGGACUUCCUGCCCGACUGCGAGGUGCAGGCGGCGCUUCGUGCUGUGGCGGCGGGCGCUGCAUCUGGCGCGCUGCGGCCGCUGCCGCUGGCGGCGCACCCUCUGUCGGGCGUGGCAGCUGCCCUGCGACAGCUGAGCCAGGCUCGCCAACUGGGCAAGGUCAUCGUCGGCGGCGCCACCAACCGGCCGCCAGCCGCGCCAGCAGGCCGCGUGCUGGUCACAGGCGGCACAGGCUACCUCGGAAGCCUGGUUGCUGCCUGGCUGACUACACAGCAGCUCGGCUCAGUCAGCCUGCUUGCCCGCAACGCGCGCGCCAGCAGGCCCCUGGCGCAGCUGCUGGCUGGCGGCAGCAUGAUGCCCGUGAACGUCACGCAGUGUGAUGCCGGCCUCAGCGCUGACGUGGCAGCCCUUCUCAACAGCGGCGAGCCAAUCCAGGCCAUCUUCCAUGCGGGUGGCGUGCUAGCGGAUGCGACCCUGCAGCAACUCACCCUCUCAGGUGUGCGCCGCACGAUUGCCGCCAAGCAGACUGCACUGGGGCGGCUGCUGGCUUUGCAUCAGGCCCAGCCAGCAGCUCAGCUUGUGCUCUUCAGCUCUGUGGCGUCUCUGCUGGGCAGCGCCGGCCAGGCCAACUACGCCGCAGCCAACGCCGCGCUCGACGCUGCCGCGGCGGCGCUGCAAGCCGGCGGCGUCGCGGCGCUCAGCGUGCAGUGGGGUGCGUGGGCGGGCGCAGGCAUGGCGGCCAACGACCCCCGGACGGCGGCACGCGUGGAGCGCAUGGGCAUGGGGCUGAUUGAGCCGCGCCGCGGCCUCGCAGCUCUCGAGGGCGCCCUCGCCGCUGUCGCGACCAUCUGUGCAGCCUGUGCGCCCGUCGUAACCGCGGUGCCCUUUAACUGGCGCCGCAUGGCGAAGCGCCUCGGCAGCCGCGUCCCCACGCUGUUCUCAGAGGUCGGCGUCGCUGCUGGCGUCGGGUCGUCCGCGGCUGGGGCAGCGCCCAGGCGCGGCCGCGCGCCAGCCGCUCGCCGCGGGCUGCAUGAGAGGGCAGCAGUGGCGGCGGCUGAAGUGGGCAGGCAGGUCGAGGAGGCGGUGCGCUCCAUCGUUGGCAGAGAGGUGGCCCCCGACGAGCCCCUGAUGGCGGCUGGCCUGGACUCCCUGGGCGCAGUGGAGCUGCGCAACGCGCUGGAGGGCCGCCUGGGGCUGCAGCUGCCAGGGACCCUCGUCUUCGACUACCCCAGCAGCGCGGCCCUGUCCCAAUACAUCGGCUCCCGGCUGGCUGCCUCGGGCGUCAGCAUCGAUGCCACGGGCCAGGCCGGCGCCGAGGAUGAGGAAGAGGACCAGCAGGAUUGGCCGGAGGCGUCCGCGGCUGCGGCGGCGGUUGCUGACAGGGUACCCCGGGGCCUGACGCCCGCCGGCUGGGCACCCACAGGCGCGGCGUCGGUUCUGGCUGUCUCGGCUUUCAGCUACAGGGUGCCCCGAGACGUCUGGGCAGAUGGCUAUGCCGGCGACGCGGCCGCUGCCAUCCCCCUCGAGCGCUGGGACCCCGACGUCGCCCCUGCCGCCGCCCUCUUCGCCGACGGCGGCGCGCCGCUGCGGUUCGGCGCCUUCCUGCCCGCCGGCGUCGCCGCCGCCUUUGACGCCGCAGCUUUCGGGCUGUCGCCGCCCGAGGCGGCCCUUAUGGACCCGCAGCAGCGCCUGCUGCUCGAGGCCGCGGCCGAGGCACUCGCCGGCGGCGCCGCCGCUGCGGCGUCGGGCAUGAACUCGUGCGGCGUGUUUGUGGGGAUCUCGUCGAUGGAUUACCAAAAGCUGGCGUCGAGGUACGGCGGCGCGGUCACCGCUUACAGCGCGACUGGCGUGUCGCUCAGCGUGGCGGCGGGCCGCCUGUCCUUCACCUUCGGUCUGGCCGGCCCCUCCCUGGCGAUUGACACCGCCUGCAGCAGCAGCCUGGUGGCCGCACACUCGGCGUCGCUCAGCCUGGGCGCGGCGCAGUGCGGGCGCGCGCUGGUGGGCGGCGCGAACCUGGCGCUGUUCCCAGACACCCCUGCCAUGUUCAAGCGGGCCGGCAUGCUGGCAGAGGACGGCCGCUGCAAGACACUGGACGCAGCAGCCGAUGGUUAUGUGCGCUCAGAAGCUGUGGGCGUGAUGCUGCUGCAGCCGUUUGCGGCUGCAGAGGGCGCCUCGCCCGCGCCGCUGGCCGUGCUGGCCGGCAGCGCUGUCAACCAGGACGGCCGCAGCAGCGGCCUCACGGCGCCCAACGGGCCGGCGCAGCAGGAGGUGAUUAGGCAGGCCCUGGCGGCUGCGGGGCUUGCCGCGGCAGACAUGUGCGGCGUCAGCACUCACGGCACUGGCACCAGCCUGGGGGACCCGAUUGAGGUCGGCGCCCUGGCCGCCGUGUUUGGCGGCAGCGGCGGCAAGAGCGGCAGCAGUGGCUGUGUUGCCGCUCCACUUGUGGUGGCGGCCAGCAAGUCAUGGCUGGGCCACGCCGAGCCGGCUGCGGGCGUUGUUGGCAUCCUGCAGGCGGCACACCAGGUGUGCGGCCUCGCGGCGCCACCUAUCGCCCACCUGAGGACCCUCAACCCCCUCGUGGCAUCGGCCAUGAGCAGCGACGGAGGCCGCGGCUGGGCGCUGCCGCGCCAGGCGGGCGGUUUGGCGACGGCGGAGGCAGCAGCCCUGGCCCGCUGCGGCGUCAGCGCGUUCGCGUUCCAGGGCACCAAUGCGCACGUCGUCAUUGCCACCCCCUCACCUGCCAAUACGUCCGUGAGGCUGGCUGCACCCAGCCUCGCAGCCGCGCAGCCCCAGUGGCGCCGCAGCUACCUCUGGCUGCUGCCGCGGCCGCGCGCCCUCGCCGCCGGUGGCGUCUCGCUGGCCGCGGCCGAGGCUGCGGGGCCGGGCGCCAGCGGGACGGCCACGUUUGCAUGCCGCCUUGACGCGGCGCGGCUGGCGUUCCUGUGGGACCACGUCGUCGGGGGCACCCCCAUAUUCCCCGCGGCGGGCUUCCUGGACGCGGCCGCGAGCGCGGCGGCCACGCUGCUGCUGCCGACUGCAGCGCACGACGGCACAGCCGACGACGGGCGCCAGUUGGGCCCGCAUUACCACAACAACCACCACCAGCAGCAGCUGCUUUUGCUGACAGAUGCAGCAAUUCCUGCGCCUCUGGCUCUGGCCGGCAAAGGCGGCGGAAGAGGCAGCGAGCAGGAGCUGCUGGUCUCCAUCAGCCUCGACUCGGGAAGGGUCAGGGUGACGAGCCGCGGCGGCGCCGGCAGCGCCACCUCAGCGCCCACCACGCACCUUGCCGCCGACGCGGCGCUCGCCCGCGCCGCCGCGCCUGAGCUGGCCGUGCAGCCCGCCGCGGUGCGGGUGGCCAGGCUGCUAGGCGGCCCUCCAAUCACGCCGAGCAGCGGCGGCUAUGCCAACUCGGCGGCCUCAGGGGCCCUGUGCGCGCCGCCGCAGUCGGCGGGUGACGCGCACGACUUCAGCUUGCACCCCGCCCUCCUCGAUUCGGCCCUGCAGCUGGGGGCCGCAGCCGCAGCCGCGACGCAAGCAGUCGGCCGCCAAGCAGCCGGCAGCCCAGGCGACACCAAGGUGCCCGUGGGCCUGUCUGCGCUGCUCGUGCCGCUCGGUGACAGCGGCGCGCCUGCAUGCCGCCCCGCGUUUGCCGCCACGCGCGCGUUCACGGGCGAGAGUGGACAGCUGAGCAGCAGUUACUGGCUCGUGGACAAGCGGGGGGCCGCCACGGGCGCCGUGGAUGGGUUGGUGGCUAAGGCCAUCCCCAAGCCGGCCCAGCGGAGGGCCCAGGGGCAGGUGCAAGAUCUUCAAGCUGCAAAGGACUGCUUGUACCAGAUCGACUGGGUUGUCGACAGCCCCGAGGCAGCUUUGGACAGGAUUCAGGAAGCUGGCUCAGAAGAUCAGCGGGCAGUUGAGGCGGCCUGCGAUCUGUCGCUGACCGCCCGUGCUGACGGCGGCCUGAGCGCCACCGCGGCGCUGGUCGCGGCGCUGCAGGCGCAGCAGCCGCGGCCGGGCGCGGGCGCACCCUUGAGCGUCUGGACGAGCGGCGCGGAGGCGACAGUGCUGCACGGGGCGAGCGGCGGGCCUGCGGGGCGCGGCGUCGCCGGCGCUCUGGUGUCGGCCGUGCUGCGGACUGCGACGCAGGAACAGGCGGCCCAAGUGACGGCCCAGUCCGACGCCAGCCUGCAUACCUGCAGCGGCAGCGGUGCAGGCAUUUCCAGCAGAGCAGUGCGCCUCAGUGUCAUGCCUGGCGCUGCCGCCCUGCCCGCCGGCAGCCGCAGCAGCAGCGCCGCGGCCGGCGCGACCCUGACGGCGCGGCUCAGGCCGGUGGCAGCUGCAGAGCAGCUGCCGCCUCACCAGCUCGUGCCCCGGCCGCGUGGCGCCUUCAGCGGCCUGGUGCCCGCAGCUGUGGACGUGUCGGCGGUGGCGCUGGCGCCCGGCCAGAUAGGGCUAAGGGUUCAGGCUGUGGGCCUCAACUUCCGGGACGUCCUGAACGUCCUGGGCAUGUACCCUGGCGACCCAGGCAACCCCGGAGGUGACUGUGCAGGCGUCGUCCUCGCCACCAACCCCACCGCCACCUCAGUCCCGCAUGCCGUUGGGCAGCGCGUGUUCGGCCUGGCGGUCGGCUCUCUCGGCACAGCCGUGGCAUGUGCCGCCGACACCAUGGUAGCGGCGCCCGCCUGCCUGAGCUUUGAGGAGGCUGCCAGCAUGCCCACCGUGUUCAUCACUGCGCGUGCGGCGCUGCGGCAGGUGGCCGCAGCGCAGCAUGGCGAGCGUGUGCUGCUGCAAGCCGCGGCAGGUGGCGUGGGCCUGGCGGCGCUGCAGGUGCUGGAGGCAACCGGCGCCAUGGCGCUGGGCACAGCUGGCGGGCCGCCCAAGCGCGCGCUGCUGCGCUCCUUGGGCGUGGCGCACGCAGCAAGCAGCCGGGACACGGGCUUUGCGUGCGACCUGGCAGUGGCAGCGGGCGGUGCGGACGUGGUGCUCAACUCCCUGACGUCACCGGGCAUGGUGGGCGGCGCGCUGGCGCUGCUGCGGCGUGGCGGGCGGCUGGUGGAGAUCGGCAAGCGCGAUGUGUGGAGUGGUGCGGCCGUGGCCGCUCAGCGUCCUGACGUGGCGUACAGCCUGCUGGCGGUGGACUUCCUGCCCGACUGCGAGGUGCAGGCGGCGCUGCGUGCUGUGGCGGCGGGCGCUGGAUCUGGCGCGCUGCGUUCGCUGCCGCUGGCGGCGCACCCUCUGUCGGGCGUGGCAGCUGCUCUGCGUCAGCUGAGCCAGGCCCGCCACGCCGGCAAGGUGGUCGUCAACGCGCCUGCCUCCUACCAGCAGCAGCUGUUCCUGGCCGCAGACGGCUUAGUCAUCGUCACCGGCGGCCUCGGCACCUUGGGCGCCCUCGUCGCCGGCUGGCUCCUGCAGCAGGGCUGCACGCGCGUGGCGCUGCUCGGCCGCGCGGGCAAAGCCUCCGCGCUCGCGCAGCUGCCGGGCGGCCGCGCUGACAUCAGCGUACUCGCGUCGUCGCCGGCGCAGAUUACGUUCGCCGCGUGCGACGUGGCGGCCGCCGCCGACCUCUGGCAGCAGCUGCUCUGCGGCGGGGGGCGCGCGCUGCCGAUUUUGGCAGUGCUGCAUGCCGGCGGCGUCCUGCAAGACGCGACGAUCGCGAAGCAGGAUGCGGCGGGCUUGCGGCGUGUGUACGCGCCAAAGGCGCGCGCCGUCCAGCAGUGGCAGGGGCUGCUGCGCUCCCAGCCUGCGGCGCAGCAGGUGCUCUUCAGCUCAGUGGCGUCCCUGCUGGGCAGCCCCGGCCAGGCCAACUACGCCGCAGCCAACGCCACGCUCGACGCGGUCGCGGCGGCGCUGCAAGCCGGCGGCACGCCAGCGCUCAGCGUGCAGUGGGGCGCGUGGGCGGGCGCGGGCAUGGCGGCCAACGACCCCCAGACUGCUGCGCGCGUUGAGCGCCUGGGCAUGGCGCUGAUUGCCCCGCAGCAGGGCCUGGCCGCGCUGGAGGGCGCCCUGGCCGCGGUGACGCGCGGGGGCCGCGGCGCGACGCUCGCCCCGCUGGGCGCUAUCGCGGCGGUCCCCUUCAAAUGGGCGGCGUUCCUCGCCCAUCGGCGGCCGGCGCCCGCCUUCUUCUCAGAAUUCGAGGCCCACCUGCAGCCGGCGUCCUCCCGCACGCCGGGCGGCAGCCGCGGCAGCCGCAGCCGCAGCCGCGGCGCCGCGCCGUGGAGGCCGCCGGUGCGGCAGCAGGGCGCCGCUUCGGCUGUGGGGGCCCAGGUAGCGUCGGCGGUGGCGGCCGUCCUGGGGCGGCCUGUGGGCGCGGAUGAGCCGCUCGUGGCGGCCGGGCUGGACUCCCUGGGCAGCGUGGAGCUGCGCAACGCGCUGCAGGCGGGUUUGGGGGGUCCUGGCUUCAGGUCCACGCUUCAAGUGGAGCUCCCGCCCACCUUGGUCUUCGACUACCCGAGCGUCUCAGCAAUUACCUCGCUUGUUGCCUCCCUCGGCGCCCGCGGCGCCGCCGGCGCCUCCCCGCCUUCACUUGAUGACGUCAGCGACGACGAGGCCUGCCCGGACGACACCCCUGCCGCGCUGCCGCCGCUCGCCGGCGCGGCGCUUGGCUCUGGGGCCGCUGCAGGGCAGGGCGCGCGCCUGCUGGUGGCGGUGGCGUCUUUCGCGAGCCGCACAGCGGCGGGCAACGCGGUGCUGUCGUUGGAGGGGCGGGACGCGAGCCGGCGGGUGCCCUUUGAGCGCUGGAGCGGCGCUGAUGUGGAGCAGCUCUUCGACGGCCUGCCGCCCCAGUUCGCCGUCUCCCUGUCAGACGCUGCCCUCUUUGACGCCGCCGCCUUUGGCGUCAGCGCCCCCGAGGCGGCCCUCAUGGACCCCCAGCAGCGCCUGCUGCUUGCUUGUGCCGCAGAGGCGCUGCUCGGCGGCGGCACGGGCCCCGCCGCGUCCGCGUCACUUGGCAUUGGCACUGCCGUCAGCAGCGUCACCGGGGUCACCGGUCCGGUGGGUGCGUACGUUGGUGUGUCGUCUAUGGACUACAACAAGCUCACCCUGAAGUUCCUGGGGAGCGUCACCCAGAACUCUUCCACGGGGGCCAGCCUUUCCGUGGCGGCAGGCCGCCUGUCCUACACCUUCGGCCUGCGCGGCCCCGCCAUGUCCGUCGACACCGCCUGCAGCAGCAGCCUGGUGGCCGCGCACACCGCCGUCGCCGCGCUGGCGCUCGGCAACUGCGCGGCGGCGCUCGCGGGCGGCGUCAACCUGGCGCUCUCGCCUGACACGAGCGCAGCGUUCGCCAAGGCGGGCAUGCUUGCUCCCGACGGUCGCUGCAAGACCUUGGACGCUUCCGCCGACGGCUACGUCCGCGCAGAGGCGGCCGGCAUCUUCGUGCUGCGGCCGAUGGACGCCUCGGGCAGCGUGGCUGCCCCCGAUUCGGCCGCGCCCACGCCGCUGGCCGUGCUGGCCGGCAGCGCCGUCAACCAGGAUGGCCGCAGCAGCGGCCUCACGGCGCCCAAUGGGCCAGCGCAGCAGGAGGUGAUCAGGCAGGCGCUGGCCGAUGCCGGAGUUCGUGCGUCCGAGGUCGACCUGCUGCAGCUACAUGGCACAGGCACCAGCCUGGGAGAUCCCAUCGAGGUCGGGGCAGCCGCAGCGGUGUUUGCCCCACGCGCCGCGCCCGACGGCGCCGCCGCGCCGCCGCCGCCCCCGGUCCCCCUGGCGCUGUUCACCAGCAAGAGCAGCCUGGGUCAUGCAGAGCCGGCCGCCGGCGCGGUCGGCGUGCUGCACGCGGCUUGGGCUGCGCGCCACGCGGCGCUGCCGCCCGUGCUGCACCUGCGGGCUGUCAACCCCUUUGUGGCUGGCACUUUGAGCGCGGGGGCAGCCGGCACGGCGAGCGGCUGGCAGCUGCCGAGGCAAGCCGCUGGGCGGGGAUGCGGCAAGGAGGGCGACGGCGUCGUCAGCGGCGUCAGCUCUUUUGCUUUCCAGGGCACCAACGCCCACUUGAUCCUCAAGGCGCCCGUCGCCGCCCGCAGCGGCGCCGUGGGUGCCGGCAGCGGCGGCGUCAGGGCAGCCGUUUCCUGGCAGCCCGGCCGCCACUGGUUCAUGGCGCCUGGCACCGCGCCGCUGCUCGGCGCACUAGCGGGCGGCGACGGCGGCGGCUUCCGGGUGCUGCCGGCCGGGGCACUCAUGAUGGCGGCCGCGGCCGCGGUUGACGCGGCGGCUGGCGGCGCCUCGGCAGAUGGACGGGUGCUGCUGGGGACGGAUGAUCAGGAAAUCAUAUAUACAGUGGUAUGGGAGGCGGUUGAGGUGCAGCAAGAGCAACAUCAGCUGCAGCAGCAGCAGCAGCAGCAUAAGGCACAGCCGUCUUCGCUGGCCCUGGCAGCACGGCGCAUGGCCGCCGCUGACGUCAGCCAGGCGCUCGACGCGAUCGCGGCGCUGCAGCAGGCCUGCUCCGCCCACGGCCGUCCGUCCCUGCGCCUCGCCACCACGGGUGCGUCGACAGGCGUCGCGGCAGCCGCGCCCAGCGGCUACGUGUCUUCUGAUGCUGGAGGCGCCGCGGCCUGGGCCGCGCUCAGGGCCGCCGCGUUGGAGCAGCCGGACUGGCGGCUAUCUGCUCUCGACAGCAGCAACGGCGGCAGCAGGGGCACCAUCUUCUCGCUGGGCCGGACCGCCGAAAUUGCACCCGACGCCGCGGCGUCUCUGUACGGCGCCACCACCCACGGCGGCGCCCGCUUUGCGGCUCGCCUGGCGCGGGCGGCCGUCCCCAGCACGCCGCCAGCCGUGAGGCCGCUCGCGGGGGCCGCCCUCCCGCAGUGCGGCACGUACAUCAUAACAGGCGGUGCCGGGUUUUUGGGGGCCCAGGUUGCACGAUGGCUGCUGACGGUUGUCGGGGUCAGUCACGUCCACAUCAUCAGCCGCAGCGGGCAGCUUCCCUCCGAACUGUCAGACCUCAUCAUGAACCCCGCCACGUCAGCGCAACAACGGCAGGCCGGAAUGCUGACCGCGUCGAAGGGGGACGCGGCGGCGGCGGCCGACUUUGCAGGCGCGGCGGCCGCGCUGGCCGGCGCGGUGUGCCGGCUGCCGGUCCUGGGCGUGCUCCAUGCAGCAGGCGUGCUGGCAGACGGGCUGCUGGGCGGCCUGUCCGCGGCCUCGGUGCGGCGCGCCGUCGCGCCAAAGGCGCAGGGACUCCGCCUGCUGAUGCGCGCGCUGCACAGGCAGCCGCUGGGCACCACGGUGCUCUUCAGUUCAGUGGCGUCCCUGCUGGGCAGCCCCGGCCAGGCCAACUACGCCGCAGCCAACGCAGCGCUCGACGCGGCCGCAACGGCGCUGCAGGCCGGCGGCGUCGCGGCGCUCAGCGUGCAGUGGGGCGCGUGGGCGGGCGCUGGCAUGGCGGCCAACGACCCACAGACGGCUGCGCGCGCCGCGCGCCUGGGGGUUGGGAUGCUGCAGCCGCUGCAGGCUCUGGCCGCGUUGGAGGCCGCCGUGCUCUCGCACAGCACGCGCAGCGGCGUGGCGGCGCCAACAGCCCUCGCCGUCGUCCCCAUCCAGUGGCGGACGUUCCUGGCGCGCCUUCCACGGCAGCCGCCUGCGGCUUUCUUCUCCACUAUGCAUGAUCGUGUGGCCGCUGGACCCACGGCGGCCGCAGACGCGCCGCCAGCUCAGUGGCCAGGUCAGCAGCAGCGGCCGAGUGCGGCUGCCACAGCAGAGUCUGCGGCGCUCAUCGCAGCCCAGGUGGAGGAGGCCGUGGCAGAUGCAGUCUCGACUGUUCUCGGGCGGCAGGUGGCGCCCGACGAGCCGCUGAUGGCGGCGGGCCUGGACUCACUGGGCGCGGUGGAGCUGCGCAACCUCCUGCAGGACUCCCUGGGCGCCACGCUGCCCCAGACGCUCAUUUUUGACGCCCCCACGCCGGCCGCAAUGACAGCCGCCAUCAAAUCGCAGCUGCUCGCCAGCCUGCCGAUGCAGGAGCAACAGCAGCAGCGGCAGCUUGCUGCCGCGCCCCUCGCCCGCACGCUGGGCCCCCUGACGGCGGCGCCAGAGGCGCGCGUGAUUGCGAUUGCCGCCGCUGCCGGCCGCUGCGCGGCGGGGUCCGCAGCGCCCGAGGCGGCGCCGCUGGCGGCGGCGGCUCGGGUGUGGGACCCUGUGGGAGUCGUACCUAUGGAGCGAUGGGAUGUGGAGCGGCCGCCCUCGUCGGCGCUGGCUGCCAGGUUUGGCGCCUUCAUGCGCGGCGUCGAGGUCUUUGACGCGACCGCCUUUGGCGUCAGCGCCCCCGAGGCGGCACUCAUGGACCCGCAGCAGCGCCUGCUGCUCGCGGCCGCGGCAGAGCUCCUCGCGCCGCCGCCCCUGGCCGCCAACGCCAGCUCGUUGCCCGCGUCGUCAUUCGCCCUGGGGGUUUAUGUCGGAAUCGCGUCAUCUGACUACGCAAGCCUUGUGAAGGCCGCCACCUCAGCCGGCGCGCCCGGCGCGUUCCACGCGACUGCCAAUGCGCCGUCUGUCGCGUCGGGGCGCCUCGCGUUCGCGUUCAACCUGCAAGGGCCCGCGAUCUCCGUCGACACCGCCUGUUCAGCUUCCCUUGUCGCGCUGCACCUGGCGCGGCGGGCACUGCUGGAGAGCAGCGGCGGCGGCGGUGGUGGCGGGAGCGAAAGUUGGGGCGGCGGGCUGGAGGGUGCGCUGGUGGCCGGUGUCCACGUGCAGGCAGCGCCCACCAGCAGCUCUUACGUGUAUGCUGCAGGCAUGCUGUCAACGUCCGGCCGCUGCAAGGUCCUGGACGCAGACGCCGACGGCUAUGUCCGGGGGGAAGCUGUGCACGCCCUGCUGCUGCGCCCCUUCCAGGUCGCGUCACCGGCACUAGCACAGGCGGUGGGGUCAACUUCGGCAGCGCCGCGGCCGCCCCCGCUGGCGGCCAUUCUGCUGGGCAGCGCUGUCAACCAGGACGGCCGCAGCAGCGGCCUCACGGCGCCCAACGGGCCGGCGCAGCAGGAGGUGAUCCGCCAGGCCCUGGCGGCGGCGGGGGUGGCGGCCGGGGACGUGCACCUGCUGUCUAUGCACGGCACAGGCACUGCCCUGGGGGACCCCGUUGAGGUCAACGCGGCGGCAGAGACGCUGCUCGUCGGCGGCGGCACCCCCGCCGCCCAGCCCCUCUCCCUGCUAGCCAGCAAGAGCUGGCACGGCCACGCCGAGCCCGCCGCCGGCCUGGUUGCCCUUGCGCACGCCGCCAGCGCGGCCGCCGCGGCGUCGCGCCACCCGCUGCUGCACCUACGCACCCUCAACCCUUAUGUUGCCGGCAUGCUCGAGUCGCUGGCGGCGCGGCGCGGCGGCGGCGGCGGCGGCGGCGGCGGCGGCGGGUUGGCCGCGAGGGGCGCCGCGGUGGCGCGGCAGGCGGCACCGCUGGCGCUCGGACGCCGGGGCGGGGGCGAACUGGCUGGGGACGCGGCGGUUGUGGCUGGCACCAGCUCGUUUGCUUUCAUGGUGGGUUGGAUUCUGGGGCGGGAUGAGAUCACGGCAUCAGCCAGAUUAUGA